AUGGAUCAAUUAUCGAGUCUACCAGACAUAAUUCUUCACAACAUUUUGUCGAGGUUGCCAGAGACAGAUGUUGUUAGAACAAGUGUUUUGUCCAAGGCUUGGUUAGAGAAAUGGUAUACUUUUCCCAUCCUGUCAUUUCAUGAUGGUUAUAUACUAAAGUGUCUACCUCCAAUACAAGAUAUUGAGAUGAAUAGAAAUAUUGUGAGGAAGAGAAAUACCUUAAUAUUUUGUGAUUACGUGAAGAAAAGAAUGCAGAGGUUUUGCGACCAAAGCUUGACUAUUAAAGAAUUUAAGCUCGAAGUUGAAGAUUGGCACACUUUUGGGCUUCCGUACAUGUCAAAGGAUGUUGAUGUUUGGUUGAAAUUGGCUGGAGAAAGUGGUGUGGAGGUAAUAGAAAUUUCCCAAGAUAGAUUGGAAGGUGAUCGCCAAUACUAUGUCUUGCCAAUGGAUGUCAUUUUAGUAAAAUCACUUACUAAGUUGGUGUUGAAGAGGGAAAUAAGGAUGGAUCUAACUUUCAUGAAUCAUUCAACCAAGUUUUUUUCAUUGAGGGUAUUGACACUAUUUGCUAUACUUUUGGAAGAUGAACGAAAAAUUGAGCAUUUCAUUUCUUUUUGUCCUUUACUUGAAUAUAUAACUUUGGAGUUUUGUUAUGUGUUAAAUCGUAGUGGCACAAGUGAUCUACUUACGUGGAAAACCUUUGGAAUUAUGAAGUCUUUAAGCCUGAAUGGUCUACAAAAGCUUAAGGGAGUUCGUUUUUUUGGAGUACAAGAUGUUUUUAUUGAUGCCCCUAGUCUUGAGGAAUUAGCUUAUCGUCCUGGCCGUAUGAACACACCAUUUAUUAUUGAUUUUGAGAGGUGUAGGAAUUUGAAAAAAUUAUACUUUAAGAAGACGAAAACCUUUUUUACAGACAAAUGGUUUCUUGAACAGUUUCCAAAAUUCCCUUUUCUUGAGAGUUUGGAAUUAAUCUUUUGCUCAAUGUCCAAGAAGAUUGAUAUUUCAAGUGUUCGACUUAAAAUAUUAAAGUUAACAUUCUGUCGUGGCUUGAAGGAGAUCAAAAUUGAUGCUCCAAAUUUAUUGUUAUGUGAAUAUGCUUUUACUCGUUCAAUACCUAUUAUACAUUUUUUAAGAAGUUCUAGUCAAUUGGAAGUCAAUGUUGAUUUCAAAAUGCAUUAUCAAAGUAUUUAUAAUAUGAAAAGAUUUGUCCAAAACAUCAAACCUCUAAAUGUUUUGGUAUCACUAUCUCUAUAUCUAUCCAUCUUUUCACCACCAAAGAAUGUGCUGGAGGCAAUGAAACGAAAGGUCUUGAAAGUUUCAUCCCCUCCUCCAAGCAUCAAAAAGUUGCACGUAUACUUUAGUCCAAAAGAUGAAACAUACUAUCAACCUCACAAUACAACAGUGUUUACGCCUCUUGUUAAUAUCAUACUUUUAAGUUGCUGCCCUGCAACUAUAUCUUUGAGCAAUGGUUGA